GUGCACAGCUGCUCCCAGCUCACACCUGUGUGUAAGAGCUGUGUGCCCUGGCCUGGAUGCAACAGCCUCGCACCAGGAGGCCACAGCAACAGCUCCUGAUGGCCUGCACUGCUGUCAGAAGCCACGAGGAAAAGCCUUCAUGGCCGUUCACCCAUUAGCACGUGAUGGGAGUGCAGCAGAAAAGGUUUCACAUUCUGCAUGUUACCACUUUUACACCUAGAGUAAAUAGAAAUGAUAGGCUUGCAGUUAAACACUCUGAUUUUCUUUCAGGCACUCUGGCUUUCUAAGAAGCUUUGAGGGGGGUUCCUAGCAAAAUGAUAAAAUGAGCUUAGAGUCCCUCCUCAUGAAACAUUCACACAGCAGAUCAUCUGGGAAAACACAUCAACCAAAAGGAAAAGCUUUGCAAUUAAUAAUACAUUAGAGAAGUGAGGUGGAAUCGUGUGUGAAGUGACUGACCUGCUUUAAAAACACUGCCUGGUGUCAACCCAGCUCCUCAUUACAGAAGUCCCCACAUAAAGAUGAGCUCUGCCUGCAUGCAGACAACUGGCAGUAAAAGGAAGGGUGAAUCACAAUAACCGGUGCUAUUGAAGAGCUGGUUUAUUUCUACUGAGAAAAAAAAAAUAACCCAAUCCCAAUCAGCAGGUAAAAUGCUGUGCUGGGCCAAAACAAAGACCUUAAUUCUCAGGUUUUGUGUACCAGUGCCAUGGAGACUGGUGCAAGAGCUGCUCACACAGAGAUGGGUUUUGAGGCCUAUGCACACGUGACUGCAUACACACUUUUGCACCUGCAAUCACUUACACCAUUUGUGCCUGCAAUUAUUAUAUCUGCAUGCAUAAUUAGGAGUGCAUUAUGCAAAUAACCAGUUAUUGAUGUAAUUGGUCAUUGGCUUACACGGCUGUGUAGUGGCAAUUUGCAUGUGCAGCUCUGGUACCUUCCCGAAUAAAUCCAGCACACUCCUGCAAUUUUGAAAAUAAAUACACAGCACCUACAGAACCAGGUGAAAAGAAAACCUCACAGUGUUUCAGCUCACGAACAGAAAGUGGCAGCAAAGUUGAAACCUGCUGGCACAAGAUGCAAACUGCAAUACCUCUUUCUCAACUUACCUCACGAAUGAGCCUUCAGAUAUAAUCAUUUCUCUUCCAAAAACUCCAGCUGACUGUUGCUGUUUGUACAGACUUAUUCAGUCUCACAUUGCUUAGGAGCUGUGACUGUUGGACCACAGGGCAGCAGAUCCCCACCUGCCCAGCACCACAUUUCUUUUAGGUAACAGCCCUCCUACCAAAUCUUCCCACCUGACACCACUUCUUGACAGAAAGACAUAUCAGAGUCUCACAGCACAGUUCGGGGUAAUGGAUUAUGCAUACACUCAGGACAGUAAGCAGCUUAAUGUCUGCUUCAGAGAAGAAAUGCAGUGACACACGCGACAGGUCACAGAGAGCUGCAUUGUUUUGUUAUUGUCCAAGGCACGCCAGCAAGAGCCUUUGGAAGGUCUGAAGAGCAGCAAUUGUGGUGCAAACGUAUAUGGCAGCAAACAUCACACACACACAGCCAUGCACGAGAGAUGGAGGCGAUCCAGGAAAACUGCUGAAGAGUGAAACUGAUGUGAAGAGAGUGGAGGAAGAAGGCUAUGAAGCCAAAGGGCAUGGAAGGAGAGAAGAUGAGAACAAGGAGGUGGUCAAAAAGGACGCUGUGUAUUCCACAUGGUGGGAAACCUCAUGUUUUCCUGUGCUCUUCUCAAGGCUGUGUGAGCUGGAUUGUUUGGGAGGAGCACCCAGCGCUGCCUGAGCACUGCUGGCUGGAAAGCAUCUGUGGGGUUUUGCCUGCAGCAGCUCAUGGGAGAUGACACCAGAGAGAAAUGCUUCCCCUCGGUCCAAGCAGCACAGCAGCAGCUGCUCCUGGAGUUGUCACUGCUGCACAGAGUGCCAAGUGGAAGAACCACCACUUCACCUCCUUCACCACACAGAAGCAUUCAUUUGCAGUCUGCAGGAGCAAAUGCUUUUUUAGAUUCCCAUCUUAGCACUAUUCUCAUUCCUGUUAUCUUAAUGUUGUGAAAACUGCCUAGAAAUGCAAACAUCAGAUUGCAAACUUACUGUGGUUGCUGUAUUUCACAUCUUUGUUGUUUGCCUUAUAGGUUUGAGGUUCAUCACAUUUAUGCCCUUCAAGCUUUUCUAUGCAAUCAGAAGCAAUCAAACUUUUUUAUAAAAAAAGCAAAGCCAGCAUUUUUUUAGUACAGUCUCAUGUUGAUAUGCUUGAAUUUUAAGAAACCUACAAGCUGCCAAUCAUUAUCCCUAUAAACCUAUGCAUUUUUGCAGGUGACACUGGUCCCAGCAGGGAGCCACACCAAGACAGGGCUGCUGCAGCCAUUCCUGCUUGCUUGGCAGCUCCAACGUGCAAGCUGUGGUGUAAAAGUUUAUUUGUGAGUGCUUCACAAGUUCCUCAUGGAUCUUGGCAGAAAGUGGAGCCUGUUGGGUGUGUAAUUUCAAACAGCAGAAGCCUGGAACACAGACAGCAUCGCCUGCAAUGACAGACAAGUGCUGAGCUGCUUAGGAAAAUCAAAUAUGGAAAACAUUUGUCCUCUGCUACAAACCUGCAGCUCUCCUCUAGCGUUGUGAACACAGAGCAGAUCAUGAGCACUCUGAAUGCCCAGACAAACCUCACUGUCAGUGGCACUGCCAACAUGUGUGGAACAUUCAUACACAUUAGGAGACCGGGAGGAACAGGGCAGCAGCACUGAGGCCAUGAGGAUUCAAAAGAGAAUUCUGUAAAAAGGUGCGUGAGGAUGGCAAGCAGCUAACGCUGUGUGACAGGAUGGAACAACUGCAUGGAGAGAGGGAAAAUAAAUUCCCUGCCCUGAAACAGAAAAGAACCGAAGCCAUCCACAACACAGGGGAAGCAUCAGCUGUGACAUUACCUCUACAUCAGUAAUAAGUGAGAGAUGGAAAAGCAGCAUCCGGACUGAUGGGAGCACAGCCGCCGUGGAAGGCAGCAUAGCUCUUUGGAUGGCAUUUAUGAGUUCCUUCUGAAAAUUCAAUUUCCUUGAAUAUGAAAAACUUCACUUCUAAUGUUAUCCGAAUGACCUUUUGGACUUUAAGAAAAAAAAAAAAAAUCACUGCCUCAAGACGAAAAUCCAGCCAUUAACCAAAGACAAUACUUGCUACACAUUUAACUUCCUGUUACCUCAUUGUAAGCCUUUCUCACCAUAAAUCACAAGGCCCACUUUGGGGUCAUUUCCUGGAAAGGCAUCACAUCCCAGCAGCACCCCAGGAGAGGCACUGAGGGCAGCACGCCACGAACACCACUAUAGGACUGCACAGCCCUCACAUGAGGAUGGAGGGGAAAAAAAUCAUCCCACCUAAUGGCCGCCUACUUGCUUAGUUGGGGUUUUUGUCAAUAAAAGCAUUAAGGCUGCUGAGGUGUGCAGAAUUCCCAUUAUCUUAUGUUAAUAAAGCGCAUGAGAAAGGAGGCAAUACAGCACCCCUUCACAGCCUUCACAUUGGCUGGUUAAAUAAACAAUAAAAAGAAAUAGGAAAUAAUGAUUUAAGGGUACGAAGAACAGCUGACAUGUACAAUGCUGCUAUGGUGCCAGCCAGCCCCUGGCACUGAGCUCCAGGAACUCAGAGAAUUGUUCUCUUCUGUCCUGUCACUGCCAAGGGAAAAAUGCAAGUCAGUAGUUCCAAACUGGGAUAACAAAAAAAAGAGACAAAACAGAAAUUGGGAGUGAGUGGGAUCUGACCAUCCCCAGUUUCCAAUGGAAAUGGACAGUUAGAUCCUCAACUUUCAGGCUCGGGUUGCUCUUUGGCUUGACGUGGCAUCCUAUUUUCUCCUUGCCGAUACACCAGACUCUUAUUUAAGCAGCCAUCGGUACACAGCGUGGUUUCAGUGAGCAGCACCACUUUACUCACCAGCAGGACGAUCUCCUCCAUCUCCAACCACCUCAAUUGGAAACGGACUCGGGUGCAGCUGCAGCACCUGCAAGCAACUGCUCCGCAGGUGAAAGAUCCCUUCCCUUUAGAGGGCAGAAAUCAAACGCAGCCUUUACCGGCACCGCGUUACCGCACAGCACGCACCACUCGGGCUCUACGCCUUUGUCCUUCGUAUCGCUCGCGCUGAAGUUCAUAAAGCACCUGAAAGCAGGACUCGCACGGCAGGUGGGAGCCAGCCGGCAGCACGCACCGCUCGAGGGCACAGCGCUGCGGAACGGCAGGAGCCCUUCCCCCGCAACGUGCCGGCAGCCUUCCGAGCACCGGGACGAGGAACCUGCGCCUCGCACCCUCCCGCCAGCAGCUGUUGACUCUGAAGCCUAAUGACGAGUUAAUGAGCAGCACGUGGACCCGCGCCCCGUCUGCACCCAGGGCCGGGGGGAGGAGCAGCUCCUGGGCACCGCGCUGUGCCUCCGGGCCGCGCCGAGCAGAGCCCGGCUCUGCCCUCUGCACCUCCCGCGGGUGGCUGUGGGCGUGGAUGGGAUCCCUCUCCUUACAGAUGAGCCGCUCGAUUGCAGCAUCUUAGGGAUGCGAGAUAUGUACAAGGAGAAGGACUACAGGUGCGCGCAAGGACGUCCUAAAGCUUUCCGCGCUCCCUGCGCCCGCAGCAGCCGCGCGCCGCGGGGCGGGGCUACGUGGGGAAGAGCGAGGCGAGUGGGCGUGGCCUCUUCUCGCCCCGCCCCGCGCAGAUGGUGCCGCCGCGGCGGGGCAGCCAAUCAGAGCGCAGCCCGUCAGCUGACCGCCAGCGCCUACCCAGGUGCGCGCCGGCGGCGGCACAGAGCGAGCGGGCGGGCGGCAGGCGGGUGGCAGCGCGGCGCUGCGCUCCUCCCUUCGGUCCCUCCGCCUUCUCUCCGCCGCGGAUGUCGGCGCCGCCGCUGCGUGGGGGAGAGGAGCGGCCGCGCGGACAGCGCCCCCCCGGGCGCCGGCACGGAUUUGUAGAAGAUCCUGGAACACAGAGGAGCAGCUGAGAGCCUUCAGACCAUUUACUGUCUUCUCUAACCUUACAAAAUCAACUUGCAUCUUCUGGAUGUCCAAGCCUUUCACACCAAAUUUUAAGCUUUACAUUUCCUGCCUGACAACAAAUUACACUCUUGGUCUGUUGUUAUUUUAAGGGCCUGGGGAGCUGAAUUCACUAGCUGACCAUCAUGGCUAAGAUUAGAUUAGUUUUAACUGUUUGCCAGGUGGUGCUAGAAUUGCUAACGAAUUCAUUAACUGAGUCUUCCGUACAGAGUAAUGAAUGUCCCCAGCUUUGUGUAUGCGAAAUCAGGCCAUGGUUUACACCACAGUCAACAUACAGGGAAGCCACAACAGUUGACUGCAAUGACCUUCGUUUAACAAAAAUCCCCAGCAAUCUUUCCAGUGACACUCAAGUCCUUCUGUUACAAAGCAACAAUAUUGCAAAGACCACAGAUGAACUCCAACUGCUAUUUAAUUUAACAGAGUUAGAUUUUUCACAAAAUAACUUCACAAGCAUCAAAGACGUGGGCCUCUCAAAUCUUACUCAGCUAACUACUUUGCACCUGGAGGAAAACCAGAUCAUGGAGAUGACUGAUUACUGCUUGCAAGACCUUUGCAAUCUUCAGGAGUUAUAUAUAAAUCAUAAUCAGAUCAGCAGCAUUUCUGCAAAUGCAUUCUCUGGCCUGAAGAAUCUUUUAAGAUUACAUCUCAACUCCAACAAAUUAAAGGUUAUUGACAGCCGUUGGUUUGAUUCUACUCCUAACUUAGAGAUUCUUAUGAUUGGAGAAAAUCCGGUGAUUGGAAUACUAGAUAUGAACUUCAAACCACUCUCCAAUUUAAGGAGUCUUGUUUUGGCAGGUAUGUAUCUCACAGAUAUCCCUGGCAAUGCCUUGGUAGGCUUGGACAGUCUUGAAAGUCUUUCCUUCUAUGACAACAAGUUGGUUAAAGUUCCUCAGCUUGCACUUGAGAAAGUUCCAAAUCUAAAAUUCCUAGAUCUCAACAAAAAUCCAAUUCAUAAAAUUCAAGAAGGUGAUUUUAGAAACAUGCUUAGGUUGAAAGAGCUUGGAAUCAAUAACAUGGGAGAGCUUGUUUCCGUGGAUAGGUAUGCGCUGGACAACCUGCCUGAACUUACAAAGCUGGAAGCCACCAACAACCCAAAGCUGUCUUACAUCCAUCGUUUGGCAUUUCGUAACGUCCCUGCCCUGGAGAGUUUGAUGCUGAACAACAAUGCCUUGAACGCUGUCUACCAAAAAACAGUGGAGUCCCUCCCAAACCUGCGUGAGAUCAGCAUCCACAGCAACCCCCUGCGGUGCGACUGCGUCAUUCACUGGAUCAACUCAAACAAAACCAACAUCCGCUUCAUGGAACCUCUCUCCAUGUUCUGCGCCAUGCCUCCAGAGUACAGAGGACAACAGGUAAAAGAAGUGCUAAUACAGGAUUCAAACGAGCAGUGUCUUCCAAUGAUCUCUCACGAGACCUUUCCAAAUCACUUAAACUUGGACAUUGGCAUGACAGUGUUUUUAGACUGUAGAGCCAUGGCAGAACCCGAGCCAGAAAUUUACUGGGUCACUCCCCUUGGAAAUAAAGUAACGGUUGAAAGCCUCUCUGACAAAUACAAGCUGAGCAGCGAAGGCACCUUGGAAAUCUCCAACAUUCAGAUUGAAGACUCUGGGAGGUACACCUGUGUUGCUCAGAACAUAGAAGGAGCUGACACCAGGGUCGCCACAAUCCGGGUGAACGGAACGCUUCUGGACGGCACCCAGGUUCUGAAAAUCUUUGUGAAGCAAGCUGAAUCGCAUUCCAUUUUAGUUUCUUGGAAAGUUAACUCCAAUGUCAUGACUUCCAAUUUAAAAUGGUCAUCAGCUACUAUGAAGAUCGACAACCCUCACAUUACAUACACCGCUCGGGUCCCAGUUGACGUACAUGAAUAUAACCUCACGCAUUUACAACCUUCUACAGAUUAUGAAGUGUGUCUCACUGUGUCCAACAUCCACCAACAAACACAGAAGUCCUGUGUUAACGUUACAACAAAAAACGCAGCUUUUGCGCUUGAUAUUUCAGACCAAGAAACCAGCACUGCUCUGGCAGCGGUAAUGGGAUCAAUGUUUGCUGUAAUUAGCCUUGCCUCCAUUUCUGUUUACAUUGCAAAAAGAUUUAAGAGAAAAAACUACCACCAUUCAUUGAAAAAAUAUAUGCAAAAGACCUCCUCAAUCCCCCUGAAUGAGCUCUAUCCUCCACUUAUUAAUCUCUGGGAAGGCGACAGCGAUAAGGACAAGGAUGGUUCUGCAGAGACCAAGCCAACCCAAGUCGACACAUCCAGAAGCUAUUACAUGUGGUAACUCAGAGGAUAUUUUGCUUCUGGUAGUAAGGAGCACAAAGACUUUUUUGCUUUAUUCUGCAAAAAUGAGAAGUUGAAGACUUUUGUAUUUUUGACUUUGCUAGUUUGUGGCAGAGUGGUGAGGACAGGUGGAUAUUUCAGAAUUUUUUAGUAUAGCGUAUCGCAAUUGUUUGACACAAAUGGCAGCUUCACCUAGCUUCCACAUUUCUUCUUUUUUUUCCUUUUUUUUUUUUUUUCCUUCUUUUUUUAGUUAUUGUGCUAAACUUAAUGCUGUUCUAACUGCAGUGCUGAAUAAAAUUAAUGAGAGGCUGGGGUUACCUGUGAUUCAAAAGUAGCACAACCCCGUUCUUCUGAAGCCAUCAGUAGAGUACAGUAUCUUGCAAAGCUAACAUACAGUUUUGAAACUGCAUUGAACUAGUUUUGUAACGCUGGUCUGAGGACUCAAAGUGAGAAAAAGGAGACCUUGAAGGAUGUUAGUUGACUGUACUGUAAUGUUGUAUCAACUGAUCUGAAUGUUUUUGACUUUGGACAAUGAGUUAUCAUUUUUCUUUCUGUAGUAGUUGAAAAGGCUUAGGUAAAGCUAACAGGCAAUAGAAAUAUGUACACCCAGGUUUUUAGUGUAACAGACUAAAUGUUAAUUGUUCUCUUCUUUUUGUUAUCUUCAGUAGACACCUUUGAAAAACACUAGAGUUUUGUUGCGCUUAAGCCACCGCCCCUGGUGUUUAACAAAGGCAGAGCUAUAAUAACUUUAGUUUUAUUCUGAUUUUUUUUAUUUUAGAAGUCACAAUAAUGUAUUGGUUUUAGAUGUCACUAGUUUGACUGGUGAUCAUGUUUUGACAUAAAAUAUACCCAAAAUGUCAUAGAAAAAUAUUGUGUUUUUUUCUCGAUGGGAUUACAUUUCAACUAAGUGGCAGGGUUGGCUUUUCGUUGUUGUUUUUUAUGCAUUUAUUUUAAUAGUGUUCUCUGCACUGGAUGCAAAAUACUGAAAAUAAUUAGAAAACUAGGUCUGGCUUUUAGACUGUAAGUCACAUGCAGAAUCAAAACUGUCUGGCAUAAGGUACACAGCAAAAGCAAUUCAGCGUAUAAAAACUUUUCCUUUUUGUAUACUUUUCUGUUCAUAUUCAGAGCUGAGACGCAAAUGAAGCUGACAUUUAGCUGUCAUUAUGAUCAGUUAGGACAAAAACCAACUCAGUGCUCCCAAACUGAAAGAAAACAACCAAAUCCUUGGCAUACACGUUUGAAAAAAAAAAAAUGUGAAUGGGAUUUAUGUUCCCUCAAAAGCAAAAAGUGAGAUAGCUAAACCUAACCAAACAGUAACAAGUUUGGGUCCGAUAUGGAACUAUAGUUUCACCAGGUUUCAAGUCAACAAGUACUCUGAGCAUUUCACUGAAUUAGUAUGUUAAAAGUGGAAGACCUCAGCAAGCACUGGUGUUUGUGUGUGCACUGGGUAUGACAUAAACACAUAACGGACAGUUGA